GGCAGGUGUUCGUGUCGUCUAUAGUCGGCCAUAUUGUCCUUGUUGUUGACAGAAGUUGGAGAAAAGGGGAAAUAAUGGCCACGUUAUCCGAGAGGGAGAAAAAUAAACUCGUUCAGGAGAAAUGCCAGAGUAUCCUCACCGAACUGCUCAAGGACGAGGACAACAAAUACUGUGUCGACUGUGAUGCUAAAAGUCCAAGAUGGGCAUCGUGGAACCUGGGAAUUUUCCUGUGCAUCCGCUGUGCUGGCAUCCACCGUAAUCUUGGGGUUCAUAUAUCCAGGGUCAAAAGUGUCAAUCUCGACACAUGGACGCCACAACAGGUUGCUUGCAUCCAGCAGAUGGGCAACAGUCGGGCAAGGGCGGUGUAUGAGGCAAACCUGCCCGACAACUUUCGGCGGCCACAGAUGGACUCUGCCUUGGAGCAGUUUGUGAGGGCAAAGUAUGAAGCCAAGAAGUACAUUGCACGUGAGUGGGUUCCUCCCCCUAUGCCUAACCCCACAUGGGACUUGGAGUUGGAAAAACAGCUGAGGAAGAAGAAGAGAGAAAAGACCAGUGGGACAGUGGAGUUACCUGCUCCUGUAAGUGGACGUAAUACAAGCAGAGGAACAAGUGCAUCUCCCAAGCCACUGCCAAAAGCUCCAGGCAGCAAGAGUUCCUCUCCAUCACCAGGGUCUGUUGCAAAAGGAACUGCAUCAUCAUCAAAAGCAUCAGUCACAGCCACUGCAUCAAGUGCCACUCAGGACUUGCUUGGGCUGGAUGCACCCUCAACUAAUGGUACAAGCACUGAUAGUUCAGAUCCAUUUGGAGAGUUUGUAGUAGCACCAGCCAGCCAGACAACAAGCACUCCAAAUGUAGCAAGUAAUACAGCAAACCAAGAAACUCCAGCUGCUCCUGCCAAUGACUCUGCCAAAACAGAUGAGGAGAACUUCUUUAAUCAAAAAUUACCUGAGGGAGGGUCAGAUAAAUUGACAAAGGACUCAAUCCUAGCCUUAUAUGGGCAAGCACCUGCUCAACCACAGCCAACCAAUGUAUAUGGUGUUCCCAGUAAUGUCUACAUGGGGGGGGCACCACCUGGCCAACCCAUGCCUCAAGCUCCAAUGGGUAUGCAGAAUGGAGGGGUUAUGGCACCCCAGCAACAGAACAUGAUGUUUAUGGCUCAAAGUGGUAUGGCAGGAAGUGGUGUCCCAAAUCCUUUCUUUGCCAAUGGCAUGCCACAGGCUGUCCCCACUUCCAUUCAGCUGUCAGCGGCCAAUCCAUUUGCUCAGAAAGGCCCCAUGCAUCUCUUCUCUGCUCACUCUGACUUCAGCUACAGAUCCUUCUUCCAGAUGCAGUCCCAGAUGGCCGGCCUCAACAUAGGGUCUGUAGGAGGGAUGAUGGGUGCGCAGCCUCCCCUCAUGGGUCAGCCCCAGGGCAUGGUUGGUGGAAUGCCAGGAAUGAUGGGAGGAAUGGGUGUUGGAGGAGCCCCGGCAGGUGCAGGGGGCCUUCCACAAGGCAUGGGUGGUCACACUUCUGCCAGUGGGCUCGGAGGCAACACCACCUUGGCCACCAACUUGUGGCAAUAACUAUUGUGUAAGCUAGGUCUCAGUUUUUAUACCUCAGCCAGACUCUGUGGUGCUACAUGCUGGAUUGAAAUGGCCGAGGUAACACUGCGUAUGCUCUGGGUGAGUUAAGGACUUGUAUAGUGGGUGUGUUGGGACCAGGGAUAAGGAUGGAAUGAUGGCACUGCACAGACCAGCAGCGCCAGGCCUGGAGUGCCAGAUAUACAGAUGUACAGUUGUGGUCGUAGGGGUCUGGGUUCUUUUUGUUGCUAAGGGUAAACAAUGUUUAUAUACUCAUAUUGUUCCCAUUUGUUAUGAAGUGUAUCCUCGAUACAUAUUUGGUACUGAAUAUAAUCAACUAUAGGAGAGACUAAAAAAGAUAAAAAAAAUCUGCUCCAGAUGAACAUUUUCUCCAAUUUAGAUGUUGAAGCCUUAAGGAGGAAAUAGUUAUCAAAGUAGCUAUUUUAUAAUGGUGAUAGUGUUUCAUGGUGCAAAUAACUUUGCAAAUAAAGCUUUACUUCUGCUCUGAAACCAAACUGUAUGAAGUAAUCCUGUGUCAGGGACUUAAUCAAUGAAUGCCAAAUGUUUGUACAGAUGUGCACUAUCCAUAUUAAUCUAUGAUUUUAUGCUGUGUAUAAUGUAUUUUUUUUUUCCCCAAAAUGAAGAUCUGUAGCUUGCAAAGUAAGUGUUUUGAAGGCAGUAUAGAACUUGGCUCAUAUAUGAUAGAAGCUGUUGGCCUGUAUUUAUAUUCAUAGGAUUUUAUUUUUCAUUAUUUUUGUGCUGAAGAAAGAGCUAAACAUGAACUGUACAUGUAUUUGGAUAUAUAUAUAUUUUUUUUUUUUUUUUCCUUUUCUUUUGAUAUGAAAUCAGAUAAAAGUUUUUAAUAAGAGUCAGUGACUAACAUUUAUCUAUUGUAUUCAGACCUUGUUUGCUUAUUCCAACAUACGAAAAUGAGUUGAUUUAGUACUGGUUUUGAAGAUUUCCACCCCUUUUUGCAUUUUGGGGUUGGCUAGGUUAGACUGUUUGGCUAGUGUAAGAAAAUAGGUGACUUGUGAAAAGUAUUGUGUGUGUUCAUUUUUCUUGUUUUUAUUUUAUUUCAGCACUGAAAGUGUACGAAUAGUUUUGGUAUAAUGUACUUUUGGGAUGGCUAGAUAGGUUAUAUGGCUAGUGUAAAAGUGAAGGAAAUCCUUGACCCUGAUAACAUAUCACAGUUUAUCCCUCCCCCCCCCACUGCUUCCUUGACAAAAGGUUAUCAUUCCUCGUGUCACACCAUACUUGGUCUGGUGGAAAUAUGACCAAUUGCAGAACAGAUUAGUAGAGUGGGUGAAUGAUGCACUUCACUUUGUGCAAGUGUAGGUAUCAGCCAGUCAUUCCCAUAUAUUGGUUUGAAAUGCCAAAUAUGUACAUUGCUUGUUUUCAGGUGUCAUUUUCUGGUUUCCCUUUCAAGUUGUAGCUUGAGGUAAAGGCUCCUCUUCUCACAGCACAAGAUCACAGUAAAAGAUAAUCGAAAUUUCAUCAGGGACAGUGCCUAUAAAUGCCACUGGAAUGGCGUUCUGUAUUGCACAGUUGUGCAUAGUGCAUAUGCACAAACUCAGAGCACACAUGUGGAGACAGACACAGGCACACAUCCAGCUGUACACACAUGAAAAUGCUGAGAAGCAAACACACACACACACACACACAUCCAGCUGUACACACAUGAAAAUGCUGAGAAGCAAACACACACACACACACACACACACACACACACACACACACACACACACACACACACACACACACACACACACACACACACACACACACACACACACACACACACACACACACACACACACACACACACACACACACACACACACACACACGCACACACACACACACGUACGUGUACACAUCCAAAAAAUAAAUUCAUAUAUAGAGUCAUAAAAAGCAAUAAGUGAAGUUAUUUAAUUUUUUUUUUUUUUAUUUUUUUUUUUUUAAAGAUUUCCGAAGUUCUGAAGUAUUUUUCUGCUUAUACUGAGAUUUGUAGCAUUUGCAUAAUAUUUUUAUGCUUUCUCUUUGCAGACAAAUAUGGCAUUGCAUAGAUCUUACUGUGUUUCUUCAGUGUUCAUUAUUUAUAUGGCUACUAACCUUUCGUACAGGUGUUUGCGUGAAAAUGAGUUCAAGGGAUUAGUACAAGGAAGAUCCUCAAUCAUUACUAGUCACAUGAAGUCAUGUUAUUAAAUUGUUGUAGACCAUAGUUGGGAAGGUGACAUAAUUUGUCGCUUUCUCUAAGCUGCAUUUAUGCGUCUGAAAUUCUCUUCUUCUCCCAUAGAUGCUAUCUCAUUUAGUGAGGCAAUGAUAAUGAUGCUGAUCUUUGACUUCAGUUGCUCAUAUUCAGAGGUCAAUGUGCAGAACAAGUGAAGUGUAUAACAGACCCAUUUUAUCAAUAUCCAUAAUAACUUAAGUUAUGCCUCUUGCAUUUUUUUGUAUAGAACAUGGUGUAUUCAGUAGAUAUUUUGUUUGUUCAUGUCUGCCUGGUUAUUUCCAAACUCAUAAUAUCAUGUAUCAGUAUUUAUUUUGUGUAGUGCUUUUGAUGAAUAUUCAGACCGACAGUGCUGCCUUCUACGAUAUUUUAAGGUUAUAUUUAUGUUACCGUUUUAUGAAAUAGAGCUUCAUUACAGCAUCUUGCUCUCUGAUGACAAUACUAUGCAAAGUGGUUGUCAGUAUUAUGAUGGGCCAAAUUGGUAAUUAUUGUAAUAAACUUUUUGAAGAUAAUCGCUGACUUGAUACCAAAGAUUAAGCAAGUAGAAUGGAUAAUGUAAACUUAAACGAUUUGAUUAACCACCUUUUCUUUUUACCUUUUUAUGAGAUGUUUUAUGUUAAAAAAAUAGCCAAAAUGUACAAAAUGCCAGCUUGUGGAUUCCUUAUGAUUUACAAACUGUUCCUCAUGUCCAGAAUUUAUCAUGCAAAAAAGCAACAAACCAGGGCCCCCAUUAUAUCUGAAGUUUAUAAAAUAUCAAGGUAUUGUAAUCCAAAACUACCAUUUGAGGUACAGUCUGAAUCUCCAAGAAAAUCCAAACUCAAAGAGUGUGUUACAGUGGAUGCAGCUGACCAUAUUAAAUACUUGGCCCACCCAAGCAAAACAUCAAGAAAUUGUGAAUUGCCAAUAUUCUUCUAAUGAUUCAUCUUUUCCUUUCACAACUUAUGAGAGGCAAGAGCUAUUUGGCAGUGUCUCUACUCUGGAAACUCCAUUACUCUGGUCUUAAAAUAGGUUAAUGGGAGGCUAGUGCAGAGGAAGAAUGCUAUUAAUGGUCAGUGUUAGGUAAUUACAGUAAAAUCUAAAUGCUUUCUUUUUUAGUAACCAAGAUGGACAUUAAUUUGCUCAGUGUACUGUUUUUGUUUGGUCUAAAGAAAUACUCUCACUCCUUUAUUUAUCACUUUUAAAAUCCAGGUAUUUUGCUGAAUAUGUAAUGUCACUAAGGCAAGUGAAAUUAAUUUACUUUUUUGUGAAGAGACAGUCAAAAGGCUAUGUAAUUUUUCUGAGAGUGUAAAAAUUACUUGUAUAUUUAUUGAAGUGAAUUGUAAUUUUUCUGUUGUUUCUAAACAAUAAUGACUAGAUGUUAUUAGAUUUUAGAAUAACAGUGUAAAUUAAGAGUUUACUGUACUUAUAUGAACUGACCAGUUAGCUGAAUAGAAAUAUAGCAUAUAUAUCUUUCAUUUACCUCCUUAAAGUUUAUAUUAGAAAUUGUAAUGUAAGUUCCAUUAUGCAUUAACCUUUUUAUUAUAGGUAUUACUGUGUUUGUCAUUUUCAAGUGUAUUGUGUAUGUUAUACCAGGGUACAGAUCAACUUACAUUCCAUUUCAGGCAAAGUACCGUAAUACUUCUAGAGGCUAGUCAGCUCAAAUGUUUAAAAGCCGGAAGGUUUUUCUUUUACCCCUUUGAAGUUUAUUAUUAUUUACAGUAAAGAAACAAAACAAAAAUUUGCUUACUAAUACCAACUGUGUUGAUUAUUAACCUUUUAGAACACUGAGCAAAGAUAUUAAAACUAAUUGUUUCAAAACUCAUAAAGACAGUGACAUUUCACCUUCUGGAAACUGUUCUAUGAAUAAUGUAAUCAUCAGCAGGUGAUAAUUCAAAGGAGAGUCUAAUCAUAAUGUAAAUAUAUAGAUAUAUGUAUAAAUAUAUAGUAAACCACAUUAUUAGAUUUGAGUCUGUGAUUUAUAAUGGCUCCCAUUGUGGCAUAGAAAAAGUAUUGUAUAGUAAGUACAUUGGUCCAUUUGCUUGUGUAUGUGUGUUUAUGUAUGUGCGUUUCCGGAUAAGAGGAGGGUGAGAUAGUUUGAUGUUGCUAAUAAGUUUAUGUUCUGCAUGGUAUUUUGAUUACAUUUUCAAAAGACAUUUCUAAACUAACCUGCUACUGGAAAUGUUGAUUUAGAGGAUAGUAUAAACUUGCCAGACACUUGUUGCUUAAUUGGUUUAGUAAAAUUUUCUUAACAAGAUAGUUGGCAUUACUCCUUUAUAAGAGUUUGAAUAUAAUUGCAUAAGAAAGACAGUGUGUUUUAUUAUUAUUUAUUUACUUAGUAUUAUUAUAAUUUGGUAGAUUACUAUUCUAAAGCUAUUCUACUUUGAGUUCUGUAUUUAAAUGUCUUUCCUAAUGACUUACAGGCAGAGAUGUAAAGAUGUCAAAAUAAACUGUACUCUUGUAUUUUAUGUACAACAUGUAUAAAUAUUGCCUGAAUUAUGCUACAUGAAUGUUUAGUAAUUUGAUACUAUACUGUUUCUGGCAUAUAUUAGGGAAAAAUUCAUGCAAAUACUUUUGAUUGUUUGUGCACAGUAAUUCUGUUUUCUAUAUCUGCAUUGCUUAUGUUUACAUUUUUAAACACAAAAUAAAGAUUGCAUAAACUAAG